CUGCAUCCUUCCCUCCAGCAUCCCUCUCCCAGCAUCCCUCUCCCUGCAUCCCUCUCCCUGCAUCCCUCUCCCCGCAUCCCUCCCCGCAUCCCUCCCUGCAUCCCUCCCCGCAUCCCUCCCUCUGCCUGCGCAGAGCCGCGGACAUGGCUCUCAGCAAUUUCCUCUUCGCUCAGUGCAUCUGCUAUUUCCUGGCCUUUCUCUUCAGCUUCAUCGUGGUGGUGCCUCUCUCCGAGAAUGGCAACGACUUCCACGGCCGCUGCCUGCUCUUCACCGAGGGCAUGUGGCUCAACGCCAACCUGACGGUGGAGAGGCAGCGCUUCACCGUGCAGGAGUGGGGCCCCGAGGCUGCCUGUCGCUUCAGCAUCUUCACCGGGCUCCUCUCCCUGCUGCUGGCCACAGUGCAGGCCUGGAGGACACUCUUCUUCCUCUGCAAAGGCCACGAGGACUCUUUCUUCUACGCCUUCCUGAAUCUGCUGAUCAGCUCCUUUGUGGUGUUCAUCACAUUUAUUGCCAGCACUAUAGUGAGUGUAGGAUUUAACAUGUGGUGUGAUGCAAUUACUGAAAAAGGAAGCAUGCCAAAUAGCUGUGAAGAAUUACAGGAUUUAGAUCUUGAACUGAACUUGGAAAACUCUGCUUUCUAUGACCAGUUUGCUAUUGCACAGUUUGGUCUCUGGGCUGCCUGGCUCACUUGGCUGGCAAUUACCAUCCUGGCUUUCCUGAAGGUGUACCACAACUACAGACAGGAGGACCUGCUAGAUAGCCUGAUCCAUGAGAAGGAGCUGUUGCUAGGAAGAUCCUCUUCACGAUCCUCUUUGCAAGAUGAGAAAAGUGGCAUGAUUUAA